AUGGAGAAAGAGUAUGACCAUGUUAAUUGGGACUUUCUACUUGACCUCCUAAGGAGGUGUGGUUUUGGGGAAAGAUUGAGAUCUUGGAUCCGUUGGUGUAUUUCUACCACAAAAUUUAUAGUUCAGAUAAAUGGAAGUCCAACAGGUUUCUUUAACAACACACAAGGCCUUAGACAAGGAGAUCCUUUGUCACCAUUACUGUUUGUUAUUGUAAUGGAGGCUUUGAGCAAAAUGACAUCAGCCCUGGUUGCAAAUGGGCGUGUGACUGGUUAUUCGAUAAGAUCCCCAAGUGGGAGACUUAUUAAUAUUUCGUAUUUAUUGUUCCUAGAUGACACUCUUAUCUUCUGUGAGGUAGAUAAUAAUCAGAUUCAAGUAUUAAAGGCCCUCAUUCUUUGUUUUGAAGCAGUUUCAGGGUUGAGAGUGAACCUGGAUAAAUCAGAUAUAUUGCCUAUUGGAGGUGUGCCGCGUCUAAGACAGUUGGCUAAUACUUUGGGAUGUAAGAUUGCUUUACUCCCUAUGACAUAUAUUAGGCUUCCAUUGGGGGCCACCUCGAGCGGUUACUUUAUGGGAUACAAUGAUUGA